AUGGACGGUUCCGAUAUUGUUGGCAGACAUCGUCGGGAGAAAAAGGCAUUGCAAGAGAGCCCUGUCAUUCUUCAGAAGACUAGUAGGGCUGAAAAAAGAAGAGCAAAAAAAGCGGUAGCCCAGGAAAACCAAAAUAAAGCUUUUUCUGAGUUGAUAGCUUCUAGUUCUGACACUCCUCGAUUUAAGGAGUUUGCAGAAAUAAAUAAACUUUUAUCUCAGGAAUCCCUUGUCCUUUACGAAGUUCCAUCGGAUGGUGAUUGCUUAUUUAGCUCAGUCAGCCACCAGCUUGAGUUAUUAAGACAUUCCAAAGUUGCCUGUACUCGUAUUAACGAUAAAAAUCUCAUUGAUGAACCCACAAUUUUGGAUGAAAAAGUUUAUACUAUUCGUGAACUUCGGAAACUAGCCGCCGAGUACAUAAGAAGUCAUGUAAAUGAAUUCCUUCCCUUUUUGAUUAACCCCGAUACUGGGAGGCCAAUGGCAUUAGGUGAUAUCGACUCCUAUUGUGAUAAUUUAAGAGAUACUUCUUCUUGGGGCGGUGACAUUGAGCUGCGCGCACUUUCGUGUGAACUAAAAAGGCCAAUUGAAGUGAUUCAGGCAACCGGACCCAAAAUAAAGGUUGGAGAGGAAUUCAUCUCCAAACCACUCAUUAUCACGUACCACCGACAUGCCUUUUCUCUUGGAGAGCAUUAUAACUCCUGCAGACCACUUCCUUGUGAACCACCAAACAGAGAGUAG